UCAUUGGCCCCAUGUUUUUUAACUUGUAUUUACAAUGGAACAAUGAUGUAAUAAACACGCGACUAAACUUGAAUCUCUGGGUAUUGUACAUCUUGUAUGAAUAUAGUAGCAGGCUGUACUUUGAAUAUUUACCGCACAAACGAAUUUGGUUUGGCAGUGUUCCUUCCGAAACUAAUGUUUGGUCUUUGGUUUGAACCGCGUUCAAAUCUUCGUUUAUAUUGUUUGUAACGAAGAUAGUUUACGAUGUCUAUUUCUAAUGCACACCAAUUUUUAGUCACAUUGUAUAAACGUUACAUAAUUUCACUGCCAUCGAUAAAUUUAUCCAGAACUCAAAAAAUUUUUAUUAUAUGUCUUACUGGAGGAUCGUUAAUAUUAGGAGGAUUAGCACAGUUUUUAAAAAGACGAAGAAGACAUCCUCUUGCUCCUUCCAGAAGACCUUUGAGAGAUAUAAAACAAAGAUUUACAAGCGCAAAGAAUUCUAAUUUUGAUGCAUUGUCACAAGUAUCAUGGGCAAGAAGAAGCGAAGCCAGCAGUAGGAGUCACAUAAGCGAUCGUGCGUCGCUUAUAUCCUCUGUGCCUGGAGGUCCAGAUGGUGAUGCAAGACUUACUCCACAACAGUAUGGGGUUCUUGGAUUGGAGGCCCUGGAAAAAGCGCUCUAUUGUUGGGAGGAUGCUCUUACAGCGUUCAGCUCUUCACUCAAUAAUGAUACGCUCGCAUUACCGUCUAAGGCGGAUGCGGCAUUUACGCACGAUGUCCAGGAACUCCUUGACUUGGGUUAUCAGAUCCAGAGCCACGCAGAACUUCUCUUUAUCGAUCAACAUUCGGUGUUAUUCCGCAAUGAAAGCGAAGAAAGCUUAGAUAAACCUUCGAACAUAGCCACCCGGAUAUCCGGCAAAGAGAAGGCGGAUGCUGCAUCUUCCCCUGAAUCAUUCGAGUCUGCGCGUGAUGGGGUAGCUGAUUUACGCGAAUUCGAAGAAUUCGCCGAGCUAUUUCCUCAUUUCGAAAAGCAAAGACUGUACCAUGCUGCACUUAAGCAACACGAAGACAUAGGUAUUCCUUGUAGGCGAUUACAUACAGAACUGGUUAGAUGCGGUUCGGAUGUUGAAUAUCUAGCAAAAGUUUAUUGUUUGAGACAAGCGUAUACAAAAUUGUUCACUAUACCGUCUGCGUCAGCAUGGAUUGCAGACAUAGGCCGACAAGUUAUUAGCGAUUUGAUCAUGUAUGCAGACAGGGAUCCAAAGGAUUAUUUAAUACAUUAUGAAAGGAUGUUGGAGUUUCUACAAGAAUCAAGUAAUCAUAGUAUCAUGGAAGAGGAAUUAACUGCAAGAGGCGUUAAGUGUAUGAAUUUCUAUGAUGUUCUUAUCGAUUUCAUUUUGUUGGAUGCGUUCGAAGAAGUUGAAAAGCCGUCCUCUUCGAUUAGAGCUAUUUUACAGAAUAGGUGGAUAUCGGCCAGUUUUCGUGAAACUGCAAUCGGGACUGCAGUUUGGACAAUGAUUGUGGGUAAAAGACGGAUGUUAAAAUAUGAUAAAGGAUUUUUGUCCCACUUUUAUUCAAUUUCUGAACAAAUUUCCCCGGUGCUAGUAUGGGGUUUCUUAGGUCCGGAAGGAAGUCUACAUUCUACUUGUCAAUAUUUUAGAGAUCAGGUUAUUGAAUUCCUUGUAGAUAUAUUUAAUUUCUUUAAAGUAAGGUACACCACUGUUGAUAACCUUGCCGAAGAUCUACUCAGGGAAAUGAAGAUAAGAGUUGAAAAUAUAAAUCAAAGGCUUUCUUUAGAAGGUUGCUAAUUAAUCGAAUACCACAGUAAUAUAUUCAUAAUAUUAAUGUAGUUAAAUAAACGAGGCGAUGGUAAACGACGCUCAUUGAUAGAUUUAGAAUUAUAGCUAAAUCAGCUGAAAUAGGAGCAGAGUUCGUUAUUUAUACAUUUUGCAAUUUAUACACUAUCAUUCAUUUUUACACUUUCAAUACUAAAUACCUACUCUCUCUAUUCCCGUAAUUUAUGUGUAGAAUAUUUUGUACAAAUUUUGUUAAACUACUUUUUAAUCAUAUUUGUAGAUUUUUUAUUUUCUAGGCAUUUCUCUUGUACCUUGCAUCGGGAUUUACAUUUUUAGUACAAAAACAUCACACAAGAUGUUUACUGGUAGUUAUUUUAUUGUAAAAAUAAAUUUUAAUAUAUUAUUAGUAUUGCAUCACGAAAUUAUUCAUAGUAGCUGUAUUAUGAUAUAAUCGUGAUCUGUUCUAGUUCCUUGGGUACUUCGUAAGACCAUACGGUAUUAUUAUCGUACACUGUGUAAUCUAUGUUUUACUAGAAAAUAUUUGACUACUUUAUUUUAAAUCAUAUUUCUGUUUAUCUCAUGUUAACACUGUAUGUAUUGUUGAAACAUUUAAAUGAUAUUAUUUUCACAGUCCCCAAUCCCCCAUGGAGACAUUACGUAUAACUAUGUAAAAAUCGAAAUAUCUACUGCCAAAGAUAAGAGCAAUGUUACUAAUGAAGGGCUGUAUUAAGAAAAAAUCUAUGUAUGUAUGUAUAGUUUUUCCAGUUCCAUGUUUUGUGCUAUACCUCAUUUUGUAUAUGAUAAAAAUAAUAUAAAAGCAUUCCAGUUAUUAA